CUAUCGUCCCCUGUUACAUGUUAGCUUGCAGCAGCAAAACAUGGCAUCGAUUAUUUUUAAACCGACUCACCUCCGCUGUGUUGUAAGGACAAGGAGUCUCAUAAGAGAGAUGAGGAUAACUGUAUGCCCUAUCAGAAGUUAUGCCACUGAAGGAGACAACAAGGUACCCAAAAUAUACACCAAAACUGGAGACAAAGGUUUCUCAAGCACAUUCACAGGAGAGAGAAGGCCGAAAGAAGAUCAUAUUUUUGAAGCCCUAGGAACUACAGAUGAGCUGUCAUCAGCUAUAGGGUUGGCAAGGGAGUUCUGCCUUGAUAAAGGUCACACAUUCAUAUAUCAGCUAGACAAGAUACAGUGUAUUUUACAAGAUGUUGGCUCCAAUAUUGCUACUCCUCGAUCAUCUGCUAGAGAAAGUCACAUAAAGAGAACAAAAUUUACUGCUCAGCCAAUUGCAGACCUGGAGAGCUGGAUUGAUAAGUUUACAGAAGAACUUCCUCCUCUGACCAACUUCAUUUUACCUUCUGGAGGAAAGAGCAGUGCAUCUUUGCACUUAGCUCGAACAGUGUGCCGGAGAGCAGAGCGCAGUGUUGCUCCAAUUGUGCGCUCUGGUGAGGCAGAUCCAGAUGUUGCCAAGUUUUUGAACAGAUUGAGUGACUACCUGUUUACCUUAGCCAGGUAUACAGCCAUGAAGGAAGGCAAUGAGGAAACAAUCUAUAUCAGACCACAAUGACCAGACUUUUAAAUGAUAAAAAAGAAGAAACUUCUUUUUGUAGAAGUUGGGGUUGCCAUGUUUUUUUCAUUGUAAAUGUAUAAAUAAAUCUAAGAUGUACAUUUGUUUUCUUUUGAUUUUAUUUUAUUUCUGAGUAUAAUCGACAGUAUGAAAGACAAUAAAACGAAACUGUUUAACUAAUACGUAUACAUU